GUUUCCGCUAAUCAUAACCUCACUUUUGGAGCAUGAAAAAUCCAAACAAUCUUUAGUGCAAUUUGAAAAGACAGAAAAAUGCCUAAAAUAAAGAGUGAAAAGAAAUCUAGGGUGCACAAGGAAGUGCAGAAACAAGGGAUUGUUUUCAACAAGGAUUUCGGGCAGCAUAUUCUCAAGAAUCCCCUCGUAAUCACGAGUAUGAUUGACAAAUCUGCCAUCAGAUCGACAGAUGUAGUCCUGGAGAUUGGUCCAGGAACUGGUAAUAUGACGGUAAAGAUAUUGGAGAAGGCAAAGAAGGUGAUAGCAUGUGAAAUUGACACACGACUCGUGGCAGAGCUUCAGAAACGAGUUCAGGGAACUCCUUACCAAUCCAAACUCCAGAUUAUGAUUGGGGAUGUGUUGAAAUCCGAGCUGCCCUUUUUCGAUCUCUGCAUAGCCAACAUCCCCUACCAGAUUAGCUCUCCACUUGUAUUCAAACUCUUGCUGCAUCGACCCUUCUUCCGUUGCGCCAUCCUCAUGUUCCAGAGGGAAUUUGCACAGAGAUUGGUGGCUAAGCCGGGAGACAAACUCUACUGCCGACUGAGUAUAAACACCCAACUCCUGGCACGCUGUGACAUGAUCAUGAAAGUGGGUAAGAACAAUUUCAGGCCACCACCAAAAGUUGAAUCGAGCGUAGUCCGUAUUGAACCGCGCAAUCCCCCGCCUCCGAUUAACUACCAAGAAUGGGAUGGUCUCACGCGGAUAGCCUUCCUGAGGAAGAAUAAAACCCUCGGAGCAGCCUUUAAGACCUCCUCUGUCCUGGAGACAAUGGAGAAAAACUACAAAAUUCACUGUUCCAUGAAGAAUAUCGAUAUUCCGGAACAUUUCAAUGUGAAGCAGAAGAUAGAGGAGAUCCUGCUGAGGAACCAAGCUGAUCAGAUGAGAGCUAGGACAAUGGACAUUGAUGACUUUAUGAAAUUGCUGUACGCCUUUAACGCUGACGGUUUCCAUUUUAAUUGAAACUUUUCUUUGAAGGAAUAAAAUGGUCAGGAAAAAAACAGAAGCCAAUA